GAGCGGAGCGGCGCGCGGCCCCGGGCAUGCUCCCGGAGCCCAAGUAUGACCGCUUCCGCGACGAGCCGCUGACCACCCCCAUGCCGUCGCCGGCCCCCGGGCCUUGCCCCGCGGCGGGCGAGGAGCCUGAGCACGGCACCACCUUCUGCGCGCUGCUGCCGCGGAUGCCGCAGUGGAAGUUCCCCGGAUCCGGCGGCUUCCUCGGCCGCGGCCCCACCGGCGCCGCCCGAGACCCCCCCGCCGCUGCGGGGCCCCCCUCGGGGCUGGCCGCCGUCCUGGGCGCCUGCGAGCCGCUCUGCGCCGCGCCCUGUGCGCUGCCGGCCGGCGGGCGGACUCGGGGGGCGGCGGGGAGGGCUCGGGGGGCGGCGGCGUCGGCGGGGGCCCGGCACGGCGCGGACGAAUGGAGUCGCAAGGGCAGCUUCAUCCGCAAACCGGCACAGGGCUGGCUGCACCCCGACGAGCGGGUGCUGGGGCCCGGCGUCUCCUACAUCGUCCGGUACAUGGGGUGCAUUGAAGUGCUGCGUUCCAUGAGGUCCCUCGACUUUAACACCCGGACACAGGUCACCAGGGAAGCCAUCAACAGACUGUAUGAGGCAGUGCCAGGUGUGAAGGGCAUCUGGAAGAAGAAGGCUCCUAACAAAGCCCUGUUCUCCAUCCUGGGCAAGAGCAACCUGCGCUUUGCUGGCAUGAGCAUUGCUGUCAACAUCUCCGUUGAUGGGCUGAACCUCAUGAUCCCCACCACACGCCAGAUCAUCGCUAACCACCACAUGCAGUCCAUCUCCUUCGCCUCCGGUGGGGACAUGGACACCAUGGACUAUGUCGCCUAUGUUGCCAAGGACCCCAUCAACCAGAGAGCCUGCCACAUCCUGGAGUGCUGUGAGGGGCUGGCACAGAGCGUCAUCAGCACAGUGGGACAGGCCUUUGAGCUGCGCUUCAAGCAGUACCUGCACAGCCCCCCCAAGGUGGUGGUACCCCCAGACAGGGCACUGGGCGCAGAGGAGUCGGCCUGGGGGGAAGACGAGGAGGUGGCUGAGCACAACUACUACAACAGCAUCCCAGGGAAGGAGCCCCCACCAGGGGGGCUGAUUGACUCCCGGUUCCAUCAUGGCACAGUCCUGGGUCACAUCCGCACUCAGCCCUCCAGCUCUGUCCCCUCCAACCAGGGCGGGUUUGCAGCCAGGCGAGACCCUAACAGCCAGCCGGGGCCACCCUGGGACCUGGAGAGCCAGGGCCAGCCCUGCGACGGGUACCUGCAGGCGGAUGGCCAUCCCCUGGGGCCACGGGACUACGAGGAGCACAUGUACGUGAACACGCAGAGCCUGGACGCCUGGGAACCGGAGGCAGCAGCUCACGGAGUGACAGAGGAGAGCCCCAAAAAGGACCUCUUUGACAUGAGGCCUUUUGAGGAUGCCCUAAAACUCCAUGAGUGCAUUGCAGGGGGUGGCACCAGCCCCCCCAUCGAAGACCAGUGGCCAAGCCCCCCCACACGGAAGGCCCCCAUUGCCCCCACGGAGGAGCAGCUCCGGCAGGAGCCCUGGUACCACGGAAAGAUGAGCCGACGGGAUGCUGAGAGGCUCCUGCAGAUGGACGGGGACUUCCUGGUGCGGGACAGCCUCACCAACCCGGGGCAGUACGUCCUGACCGGCAUGCACAGCGGGCAGCCCAAGCAUCUUCUGCUGGUGGAUCCCGAGGGAGUGGUAAGGACCAAGGAUGUGCUGUUUGAGAGCAUCAGCCACCUCAUCAGCCACCACCGGCAGAAUGAGCAGCCCAUUGUGGCAGCAGAGAGCGAGCUGCACCUCCGCCAGGUUGUACAGAGAAAGCAGUGACGCCAGCGGAUACGUCCCUGAUCUGCUCCCCUGGCAUUGGACUCACCUAAGCCCUGGGGCAAAGCUGCAGUCCCUCUGUGCUCCCCUCCUCUGGUUGUGCCUGGCCUCUGCAGUCUGGGAUCAGGCUUCCCAUCUUCCUCCCCAGCGGGGUCUUGCAGUCCCUGGCCCUGUAAGUCCCCCCUGGCUGCUGCCUACCUCCAUCGUC